GCCGCGCGGGGCCGCUCGCGGGAGCCCGGCACAGUCGGGAACCCGGCGGGUUACGCUGCCGGAUGAGGGAGGCGAUGGAGCCGGAGCCAGAGGUGCUGCUGCAAGAAGCCCGCGAGAACGUGGAGGCGGCGCAAAGCUACCGGCGGGAGCUGGGCCAGCGGCUGCAGGGGCUGCGGGAGGCGCAGAGGCAGAUAAAAGAGAGUGCUUCACAGACAAGAGAUGUCCUCAAACAUCAUUUUAGUGAUUUAAAAGGAACUCUUGGAAAGCUGUUGGAUGAGCGAUUGGUGACCCUUUUGCAAGAGGUGGACACCAUUGAACAGGAGACCAUCAAACCAUUAGAUGACUGCCAGAAGCUCAUAGAGCAUGGAGUUAACACCGCAGAUGACCUGGUCCGAGAAGGUGAGAUCGCCAUUCAUGGAGGUAUAGAAGAACAUAAUGAUAAAUUGUGGAAUUUUACCAAAAAGGCCUCCCACAUUCAGUUGGACAGCUUACCAGAAGUGCCUUUGCUAGUUGAUGUACCCUGUUUAUCUGCUCAGUUGGAUGAUUCCAUUCUCAACAUAGUGAAAGACCACAUUUUUAAGCAUGGAACAGUAGCUUCCCGCCCACCAGUACAGAUUGAAGAAUUAAUAGAGAAACCUGGAGGCAUCAUAGUGCGAUGGUGUAAGGUGGACGAUGACUUUACAGCUCAAGAUUACAGGCUGCAGUUCCGUAAAUGUACUGCAAAUCAUUUUGAAGACGUGUAUGUAGGCUCUGACACUGAAUUCAUAGUGUUGCACAUAGACCCCAAUGUUGAUUAUCAGUUCAGAGUCUGCGCCCGAGGAGACGGCCGGCAGGAGUGGAGUCCUUGGAGUGUUCCCCAGACAGGUCACUCCACACUGGUGCCCCAUGAGUGGACGACUGGCUUUGAGGGGUACAGUCUGAGCAGUCGGAGGAAUAUAGCACUCCGAAAUGAUGCCGAGUCCUCGGGCGUCCUCUACUCCAGUGCUCCCACCUACUUCUGCGGGCAGACCUUAACAUUCAGAGUUGAAACUGUGGGGCAGCCGGACAGAAGAGACAGUAUAGGAGUGUGCGCAGAAAAGCAGAACGGCUAUGACUCUCUGCAGCGGGAUCAAGCUGUGUGCAUAAGCACAAAUGGUGCAGUUUUUGUCAAUGGAAAAGAAAUGACUAAUCAGUUGCCUGCGGUUACCUCUGGAUCCACUGUCACAUUUGACAUCGAAGCUGUGACUCUAGGAACUGCCAACAACAGUGAAGGAGGCAGUGUCAAGCUCCGAGUAACCAUCAGCUCCAGUAACAGGGAGGUGGUGUUUGAUUGGCUGCUUGACCAGUCCUGCGGCUCUCUUUACUUUGGAUGUUCGUUUUUCUAUCCCGGAUGGAAAGUGCUGGUGUUUUAGCAUGGGAGGGCUUAGCUUUGGUUUGAGGGUUUGCUGUUUCUGUCCUCAGCCUAGUUGUAUCUGACUUUAAAAAGGUGAAUUUAUCUCUUGGACCACCAGAAGUGGAAAGUGUUGCUGGAUUUGCAUUGUAAUAUUUCAGUAAGAGACCUGGUGUGGUGACAUACACCUUUAAUCCCAGCACUUGGGAGACAGAAGCAGGUGAAUCUCAUUUGGUCUACAGAACAAGUUCCAGGACAGCCAGGACUGUUACACAGAGAAACUAUACUUUGAACUCCCCCCCCACCCCAAACAAAAGUAGUAUUUCAGUAAGAAGUGAGCUAAAUGGCAUGGACAAAAUCAUAGUUCAGUUUUGUUUUUAGCUUAAAUAUCAAACUAGCUUUAAAGGUCUGCAUUCUUAGCUGGUCGGUGGUGGCGCACGCCUUUAAUCCCAGCACUCGGGAGGCAGAGGCAGGCGGAUCUCUGAGUUCGAGGCCAGCCUGGUCUACAAGAGCUAGUUCCAGGACAGGCUCUAGAAACUACAGGGAAACCCUGUCUCGAAAAACCAAAAAAAAAAAAAAAGUCUGCAUUCUUUUCCACUGUUCUUAAAGUCGGUCGAUAGAACAGAAAUAUGUCACACCAUUAAAUCUUCAUCAAGAUCAGAGGCUGUGAGAAAACAGCAGGAAAGACAGCUAGAGCCCGAGACUCUAUAAUCCUUGUCCAGUCUUACGUCGUUUCCCCUCCCACCCCCUUAGGGCACUAACUGUUCCUCUGUUCAGUGUCUCUUGGUCUGUGAAGUUAGUGGAUUCUGCAUUUUUACAGCACCUGAGCAAGUGUCUGCCGUAGCCAGUGUUAGCAUCCUCUGUCUUUCCUGGCAGCAUAAGACAAGAUACAGGACGGAGGGGCUGUAUUCCUCACAGUGAAGCCACUUACGGAAGUACACAGCAGUGUUAGUCGGGUCACAUGUGCACAGCAUGCACCCAUGUGCACCCUGCCACAGCCAUGCACAUGGGACCAUGCAGAGUGUCACAGUCCAGUGUAAUAUCGGGUUGAGAAAUGGUCUUUUAAUGGACCGAAGAAUAUCGGGUAAAUACUUGACCUAUUUUUUUAAACUUAAAUUUGUGUAAAAUAUUUAUUUGACUGACAAUAUGUAAAAAAUUGUGGUCUUGUUAUACCAGCGUACAGAUAAGUUUUAAUGUGAAUUUUUUUCUUUUUGUUUUUACCAGUAGUAAAAAAGUGGAAAAGCAAGUGUGAUAUUUUUGUAAGAUAAUUUAUUUGGGGCUUUAUGUUCCCUUUCGACAAUCAUGGCCUUUCCUCCUUCCCUUGUUUUGUGUGUGUGCCUUUUCUCAUGUUAACCAUGGCCUUUCCUUCUUCCCUGUUUUGUGUAAGUGCCUUUUCUCAUGUUAAUAAGUUCUCAAGUAUAGGUGCCUUUAUCCAGCCUUUUCGAAACAAAAUAAAAAAUCAGAAAUUAA